AUGUCGAAGCGCACGAAAAGUCGAGAGAGGUUUCCAAUAGGAGAGUGGGCUCGUAAAGCGAAGUAUAAGCGCGUCGAAGCUGUGGAAGCGAGCAAAAGCCUUGAAAAUAUUAACCAGGAGAUAUCAACUGCUAAAGGGACCAUAAAAAUUCUAAAGGAAAAUAAUGUUCAGCUGCAAGGCGAAAUAAAGGAGCUCAGGAGAAAGGUAAGCUACUGAAAAGGAUGCUAUUUUUUGAAGUUGAUUGCAAUGUAGUGACUUGAGUAAUGAAGUGGUAUUAAAGCUGAAGGAUCACUGAAAGUAAUCAUUUGAUAAACGUUGGUGUGAUUUGGGUAUCAAUUAGUAUAUAUAAUAGGACUCCUUGCUUGUCCAAUUAAUUAAGAAAACAUUGGAUGAGAAAUUUCAGAGGAACACCAAAAGUGGACAAGGCCGAUGCCCGAUUCCAAUUUAGUGUUCCAAGAAAUUUUCAAAUCCAAUGUUUUCUUAAUUGGACAAGCAUGGAGUCCUGUUAUUUGUUAAUUAUAUAGCUACCUCUAAACCCAAACUAUCCAAAUUUAAAAAAAAUCUGGACACCUAUCCAAUUUAAAAAAAAAAUUGGUCAGUUGCCAUUAUUGGAUUUAGAGGUAGUUGUAUAAUUAAGGAGUAAAACUUCAUUGUUAUUGGCUGCAUAAAUUUAUCUUAAAAUUAAGGGAUCGAGUGGUAGCAUUCAUAGUGCUACAGGACACAAUAAUCGUGUUCAAGGUAAACUAUGAGGUUUUACUUUUUCUUACUCUCUUUUAUUUUUGUCAACUUUACAAUUCAUUAUAAAUUAGAAGUGCUCAUUUAUGGCUAGAAACUGGAGAUUUUUGAAUGAAGCUGCUGUUCUGAAGCAUAGCUGCACUGUCUUUUUCAGCGUGGCUUGCUUGAGGAUGAAAAAGUACACCUACCAAGAGGCUCAGUUGUCCCUACAAAACUGGACAAGGAAAACAGUGACUGUACAGUUGGUCUGUCUGAGAAAAUUGCCUCGAAGAGAAGGAAGCUAACAUUGGAUGCAGCAAAGAAGAUCCAUUCUUGCCCUCAAAGACCUGAUGCAGUUUCCAAAACAGAUACGUUGAAGGGACUGUGGAAUACAUUUGUAUCUUAUGCUGACAACAAAGAUGUUGUUGAGUUAUGCAGUAGAUCUAGAAAGGUUAAUACCUUAGUUGUACCUAAAGUAGUAAAUGAUUCUGUUGCUGUUUUUGAGAAAUCAGCAAAAAAUUAUGAAAGAUCUGUGAGUGUUAUUUACAGGGGGGGUCUUCUAAGUAAAAGGAAGUACAAUGAGUUGCGUUCCUCAGAAAUGUUUGACUUUGAUAUUUCCACUAGAAAGCGAAGGCGAACAGAGUUCAAACGAGGCUGUAAGGUGCCCUCUUUAGUACCAUACAAAGAUUUGAUGAAAUUCAUAUCAGAACAAGAGAUUGGGACCCUUCACAAUAUACCUCAGGCCAGGGCUGACAGUGAAAUUGAGAAGGAGAGUGAAGAUGUUAAUCAGAAUCUGUUACCACUUGUACCUGGUCAUUUCAUUGACUUGCAAGAACGUUUGUUACAAAUGGCUAAUUUGUAUCUUCAUAUUGACAGUUACAGGCCAAAUUUUCUGAGUUGGUUUGGAAAGGAAAGGGGCAAUUUUUUAGUGGCAAUUGGAGCAGACGGUGCUCCUUUUGGUAAAUCGAAUGAAGCAUGUUCUUGGCUGGUUUCAUUUAUAAAUGUUACAGAAAGAGUGUCAAGCCCUUAUGACAAUUUCCUAAUUUGUGGUGGUAAUUGUGCUGAAGACCACCCAUCAAUGUUAGAGUAUGGCAAACUUGUAAGAUCACAAAUCAGUGUUUUGGAAAAGCAAACAUUUACCAUAAAAGGCCAACAGGUAAAAUUUUCCUUUAAACUAGUGCCCUCGGAUAUGAAAUGGCUGAGUAAAUUUUCAGGUGAAAUUAGCAAUGCAGCUACAUACCCAAACCCCUUUGCCAAUGUGGAUCAGAAAGGUUUGUCAGAGAGAGGUUGUACUCUGGGUACUGGUCCAGGAGAUAAAUGGAAACCUUGGGCCUAUGAUUUUAGAAUGCAGGUUGCUAAAAAAGUUUCACAGUUUAAGGAAAAACAAUCAAAACCAACCAAUGCAUCUCAAAUGCAAACUUUCCGCAACAAGGUGUGCCAAUUCAUAGCUAAACUUAAAUCCAGACAAGAGUAUGAACCAAUACUUGGUCCUCUUGUCCAAAAUGCAAAGGCUGACAGUCUCCAUGUUGGCAACAACUGCUGGGGACAUUGGUUCAAGAAGGUUUUUACCACCGUUCUAGCAAAUGCAAAAGUGGGCUCAAAUGUGAAGUCAGUUUUCCAGCUUCCAGAACACAACCCUUUGCGCAAACAUUUAAAGACCUUAAGGUUUAAAUUGAAGUGCAAAAAGCUGUACAACAAGAUUUGUCGUUGGUUUAAGGAAAAGCGAAAAUCUGGUGAUUUUGAAUUUAGGUUUACUGGUGAGGAGACCAAAAAAUUUUGCCAUGGAUUCAUGUUUAUCAUUGAAGAUCUCAUUGGUGAUGGCUCAGAUAUAGAGCAACCACACAAUUUCUUUGCCUUGUCGAUGGCAAGAAUGGGCCUUCAUUUAAGAAAUGCCUUGUCUCUUGCUGUCAGAGUCUCAGAUAUUAAGACAGAAGAUUUGCCUAAAUUAGAAGGGGAUUGCAGGAUGUAUUUCAAUUUAGCAUCUCUAUUUCAUUCCACCAAUGUUAGUGUCUGGACAAUGGGACAUUGUGUACCUUUUCACUCAAAGCAGUUAAUGGAAGAUUUGAAAGUUGGCCUUGGGAUCAAUUCUAUGCAGGGGAGAGAGGCAAAGCAUCAACAAUUAGCAUCUUUUGCAGAGUUCUCCCUUCCCAAAAAUAGGUGGGAAAAAGUAUUCAGACAUGAGCACAUGGCACUGAUUUGGUUAAGGCAGCAGAAUCCCUUCAGUGAUGGUUACUCUAAGUGCAAAGACAAAUACAUUCCACCAAGGUGUUAUACCAAUGAAUAUUGUUUUUGUGGAAUUGCUUUCAAUAGCGAUGGUAAAUGUAAAUAUUGUGACAGUAAACUGUCAAAAGAAAUUGCCACUUGUGCUUCUUCUGGAAGCCUGACUGUGAAAAUGAAAGCAAUUUUGAGGAGUGCUGAACAAGCAAGACAGCGCCCAGGUCUGUAA